CUCUUUCAAAAGCACAUGACCCUGCAUUUCUUUGGCGCGCACCGCGCGGAUCGGAGACACUCACCCCUCCGUGUACACUAAAAGCAAGAGCUCUCUCUGCAAUUUUCACUCUCUAGAAGAAGAGUAAACAUCAAUGGGUGACUUAAGGAGCGGUGGUAUCCCGGAAGAGAAUCUCAUGGCCAUUAUCGAUACCUCUGGCCUAAAAGAUUCACAAGAUGUUGCGGACGAUGAAUUGGCCUUCCUCGAAUCUGUUCGGGCGAUUUCCAUUGUCCCUGAAGAAGGGCCCGUUCCUACUCGGAAAAUGUAUGAUGCAAUAUUCAAGAUCUUCACGGAUAAGCAGUCUCUAGAAUUGAUCAUGGGGAGCUACCUACUUUUGUGCGAUCUAGAAAAGAUUUUUCCUCGAGUAUACCUCACUCGCUCUGAUAAAUGUGAGCCUUGCACCAGUUCAAUUGAUGAUUUUGUUGUGGUCCCAGAGGCUUGGUCCCCAUUUCUGUUCGGACCAGAGAAUGUUGUUUGGGAGAGGGAGUCGACCUCUGCCUAUUCAGUUGGUCUUGUUGAUUCCUCUAAAUUUCUUCUGAUUACACAUGAUGUUGCAGAAGCACUUAGCAGUUUGCAGUCCAUGGACAUAAAAAGCUUGGGUACUGUAUUAUUGUUCCAGUAUCUUGUGCGUGUUAUUGAAGAUGAUUUCUUGCCUCGAUGUGCCAUUUAUAAAGAUACGGAGGACUGGACUAUUCUUAGGGAGUCUUUACUUAACCAACUUCUGGGGUCAAGAAGAUUAAGUUUCAAGACCCUUGUCAGGGAUUGCUUGUGCAUUUUAACUGGGACGUUAAAUAAUCAUGGUGAUAUCAAUCAUUAUGAUCAGAAGAAGUCACAGCAAAAUUUGCCAAGAGACAUAUGUGAUCAUGAUGUUUUUAUGCCCAAUGCAGUAACUGAAUUAGUGAACGCAACUUAUGCCUCUGUCAGGACAUUUAUAUCAAUGAUCAUGGAACUUGACACAUUAAAGAAUGAAGCCAGCAUGAGCAGUCGCACUUCCAGGACAGAUGGUUUGAGGACACCUCUGUUGGAGAUAAUCCUAGAUGAGCUCACAUACAGCAAAGAGCUGCUUUUUCCUUUUCUGCAGGGGUUUUCUGAAGCCAAAUGGAAGAUGGAAAUAAUCUUACGGUAUAUUUGGAAGUAUUGUGGAGCGUUUUCUGUUCAAACAAGGAGUUCUACUAAAUCCUUGGAUGAUAGGACACUUGGCGCUGUCUUGAAGCUCUUUUCAAAUGAAGCUAAUUCGAAGAAAGCCAUUAGAAAAAUAAGCAUACAAGUUGUUCUAAUGCUUCUUUCCCAUGGUUUCCAGGCUUAUUUAUCUCUACAUCAGGACUGGAAGUACCACAAGGAUCAUGAAAAUUCUGUGGCACAUAUCUCGAAGAGUCUGAUUUUGGCUUUUCGCAAUCUGCAGAUUGCUGAUGGGAAUGUGGAGCUAAUGCCUUUUGCCAAAGAAGCUGUGUUUACUGCAGCUGCCAUUCUUUCUAAGAAUAGCAGCUAAUUUCUGAGAAACUGCGAAGGAGUACACAUUGAGAAAUCUCUCUAAAUGCCAAAUGUCAUCCAUAGGAUCUCACCAAGUUUUGUAAAGGGGAUACUUUUGUCGGUGCUUGCUUUUACCACCACCUUAUGGAAUCUGCCUCCUGGGAGUUAGUUAUCAAUACACGGUCAAUCUCAGAUAUAUGUAAGUUUUGGACUGAGUUGUUUGACUAUGUGAAUGCUGUUCGAACAAUUGGGAGAUCAAUUUAUUCAUUUUGGUGUAUAUCUUCA